CUGGCAGCGGGCGGUGCUGAGUCGGACAGCGGAGUUGGGACCCGCUUUCGGGGCAUGAGCUGAGGGCUCAACACGGAGGCCAGGAGUAUUUCAUAGAGAUUGAUGGAAGCAGAAACCAAAAUUCUUCCCCUGGAGAAUGCAUCCAUCCUCUCAGAGGGCUCUCUACAGGAAGGGCACCGAUUAUGGAUUGGCAACCUGGACCCCAAAAUCACAGAAUACCACCUCCUCAAGCUCCUUCAGAAGUUUGGCAAGGUAAAGCAGUUUGACUUCCUCUUCCACAAGUCAGGUGCUUUGGAGGGACAGCCUCGAGGGUACUGUUUCGUUAACUUUGAAACUAAGCAGGAAGCAGAACAAGCCAUCCAGUGUCUCAAUGGCAAGCUGGCUCUGUCUAAGAAGCUGGUGGUGCGAUGGGCACAUGCUCAAGUAAAGCGAUAUGACCAUAACAAAAGUGAUAAAAUCCUUCCAAUCGGUCUUGAGCCAUCCUCAAGCACUGAGCCUACUCAGUCUAACCUAAGUGUCACGGCAAAGAUAAAAGCCAUUGAAGCAAAGCUGAAAAUGAUGGCAGAAAAUCCUGAUGCAGAGUAUCCAGCAGCACCUGUUUAUUCCUACUUUAAGCCACCAGAUAAAAAGAGGACUACUCCUUAUUCUAGAACAGCGUGGAAAUCUCGAAGAUGAUGAUUGUGAAUUACUGUAGCAGCAAAAUCAAAUCGGUCUCCACACCUGAAAGCCUCUGCCUUGUACACUGUAGAUGUGAAUGGUACUAUCCAACAGAGCACAAUCACAUGUUAGCGUUUGGUAACAUAGCAUUUUGGAUGUCCUUAUGGAUGUGUCUUCCUAUAUGUAGAAUUGAGCAUCAUCCAGAAUAAAUAGGACCGUAUCCCAAAUUGUGAUUUGAACACUGGGAUGCUCUAGUUGGCUGGUUUGUUUGGAUUUGUAACUCCAGAAAUAUUCUAUCAUGUGCCAGAGAAAAAGGCAAACAUACAAAAUGUUAUUAUCGAAAUCAGGAAAUGAAAUGUAUUAACGUCCAUCAAAAAAAAAAUAGAGCAUUCUUCUGUGCUCACAAGUCUUUACAACCUAAAGAAAAAGUAAGAGACGGAGGGAAGUGAGAGACAGAAUUUAAAUCAUGUUCAGAACUAUGGUUCCAGAAUUUACUAUGGAAAUCCCUCCAACUGGACUAAAAAAGAGAAAGUUCUUGGCAAAAGAAAGCUGGACUUUUGAGGAAAUGUUGUAGUAAUGUGUUCAAGAAUUAUGCUUAUUGUCUCAGAAUCCCAAUUAGGAAAACAUGGUGUAUAUCUUAAAAUUGUUUGCAUCAACCAAACUGUAGAAUCAAAUUUAGCAUUUUAUACUACAACAGAAGUUCUGUUUGAAAAUCCAACUUUUAUUCUACAGUGAUCAUUUUUUAAAAAUCUAAAUAAUCUUGCCAUUUAUAAUACCAAAUGUUGUUAUUAACGUGGGACUUUUAAAGUUGCACUUACUGCAUGAGUUUGUUUUUAUAGCAUGAGAAGGUUCUAUUUGGAGUUGUAUCAUGGCCAAUCUAAAUAGAAAAGCAGAAUUUCCUUGAAAACUUAAACAUUGAUGUAUUGGUCACUAUCAAACAUAUUACUUUCUAAUAAUUGUGUAGGGGGUCUGCAUAGAAGAGGUUGAAUUAUCUUGUACAGGAUGAGGAGGGGACAUGGAGUGAGACAGAAAGUCAAUGGAGCAGGCACUACUCUGGUACCAAGAUUAUAAUGACCUCAUCUUUUAUGUAGUUUUAAAAGACUGCAUGAUUUGAAAAUGAUUCUUCAUUUGUAGAACAUACUUCUCCCUAGAUAUUAUUGCCUCUUUUAAAAUCCUAAGCAUAACAAUAUAGAGAGCUAAACAAACCAACAGAUUUAGGAGGGUUUUUCUUCAGCACAGUUUUGAUCAAUUUGCUGCCAAGUUUGACAGACUGUUUCACUGGGCAGCGCCAUUGCUCCUUUACCAGGUAAAUCACUUUGUUGCUGCAGGUGCCAUUCCUAGUGAUUACAGACUGUUUACCCCUAUCAUUCCUAGUAAGAGGAAGCUUUCAUUAUAGGAACUUAAGUCUUCCUAUGGGUAUAAAUGAAUUUAAGACACUUCAAUCAAAACUUCAGCAUAGUGGUUUCAGAAUUCACAGAACUGGCUCAGAGAAAUUCUUAUCACUUUUUCGAAGGUUAAUCUUUUUAGAUAUCUUUAGAUAUCAAAUACUUUCUGUAUUUAUUAGCUAUGUCUAUCUAUGAGGCAAGUAACCUUCACUUGCAGGAUGGUUCAGAGAGAGGGGAGCACUAAAAUCUCCCAUUUUUCUGGUGACUUCUUGGAGUGUAGAAUUCACCAUUUUAUCCUUAAAUUCUCAAAGGGUUGUGGUGGAGUAGAACUUACUUAAUGCAAAUUAGUUUUCUAUUUUUAAUAGGAACUUAGAAAAUCCUUAAUUUAGAAUUAUAUAGAGUUUCCUUUAGAAACCAGAGCUAUUUAUUUGUAUUUAAAGCAGUGUUUAUUAUUUGUACCAAUUCUUAUCCUUCUGUGUGAAUAAAUACAAGACAGUGUCUGUGUGGUUUGUCCAUUUACUGGGAUAAAGACUGCAGCUCUCUGGUAAGCUUGCUUCCACUCAGGACUUGCACCAGUGUGUCCAGUGGGGUGCUGCUUCUAAGUGCCUUCACUGCAGAGGGCUCUGGCUAGAGUCAAGCUCACAGGCAAUUCUCUUCACCCUUUAUGCCCACCUACCUCUGCUGUUAGAGAUGAGGAAAAAGACCAGCUGUUCUCAUUGCAGAUGUCACUAUUUGAAAAGAAGAAGUCCCUGCAAGUAUCAUACCAUGUUUAGUCUUUCCUUCAAAGUAGAGGUUUUAAAAGAAUAAAUGUAUAAAUCAUGAAUAUACUGAUAGCAGUCUGACGAAAGGUUUGUAAAGUACCAGUGUUAACUUGGUUCAACUCUUUGUUAUGAGGUUACCUGUACUUUGAAAUUAUUCUUUGGUUUACUGUUUUGCUAAAAUUAUGUCACUUACAAUUUUGAUUUAUACAAGGGUAAAGAAUUGAGGGACAUAUUCAAGAGGUGUGAGCUAUCUAAUCUCAGCUCCUAUUUUAUCAAAUGCAAAAUGUAACCCUAACCAGUUGAUUUUCUAUAAUUGGCAUCUCAGUAUUGGGGAAGAGGAUCACAUGAGAAAAGAUUUUUCAAAGCAUGUAAAAAAUCAAUAGUGCAAGUUUUAUGAAAGCAAGUAUACAGCUCUGACCUUGUUUACUAAGGUAUGCACAGUUAAUUUCCGAAUUCUGCAAAUAUAUGUGUGAUUUUUUUAUACUACUAUAAAAAAGAACAGGAUUAAUUCUUGCCUUAUAAAUUAAAUGUUGAACAUUU